AUGCUGCAACCGGCUGUACGGCUGGUGUGGCUGAGUCAGGUGCCCUACGCCGAGUUGCUGGCGUUGCAGCAGCGCUGGCUGCAGCGGCUGCAGGCCGAGCCAGGGCCCGAGGCGGGUGCGCUUCUGCUCUGCGAGCCCGCGGGACCCGUGUAUACCACCGGGUUGCGCGGCGGCCUGACGUCCGAGGAGACAGCGCGACUGCGGGCCUUGGGUGCCGAGGUGCGCCCCCUUGGCCGGGGCGGCCUAGCCACCUUCCACGGCCCGGGCCAGCUACUGUGCCACCCGGUACUCGACUUACGACCCCUCGGCCUGCGCCUGCGCACCCACGUGGCGGCGCUGGAGGCGUGCGCCGUGCGCCUGUGCGAGCUCCAGGGCCUGCCGGGCGCCCGCGCGCGGCCCCCACCGUACACCGGCGUUUGGCUGGGCGAGCGCAAAAUCUGCGCGAUCGGUGUCCGCUGUGGAAGGCACGUUACGUCCCACGGUCUGGCGCUGAACUGUUCUACGGACCUCACGUGGUUUGAGCACAUUGUGCCCUGUGGGCUGGUUGGGACAGGCGUCACUUCCCUGAGUGAGGAGCUCCAGAGGCAUGUCACUGUGGAUGAAGUAAUACCACGUUUCCUUGAGGCCUUUAAAGAGACCUACAAGUGCACAUUGACCUCAGAAGACAGCCCCAGCUGA